AUGCUGUGGAUGGCUCUCUUCCCGCCGCCCAAGAUGCCGAAAGGAAAGAAGGCCAAGAGGAAGAAGGCCCUGGACCACCAAACAGCUACUAAGCUGCUUAAGCUGGCCCAGAAGUAUAGGCCAGAGACGAAGCAGAAGCUAUUGGCCUGAGCUGAGAAGAAAGCUGCUGGCAAAGGGAAUGUCCCCACUAAGAGACCACCUGUCCUUCGAGCAGGAGUUAACACCGUCACUACCUUGGGGGAGAACAGGAAAGCUCAGCUGGUGGUGAUUGCACACGAUGUGGAUCCCAUAGAUCUGGUUGUCUUCUUGCCUGCCCUUUGUCGUAAAAUGGGAGUCCCUUACUGCAUUAACAAGGGGAAGGGAAGACUGGGACAUCUAGUCCACAGGAAGACCUGCACCACUGUCGCCUUCACCCAGGUAAAUUUGGAAGACAAAGGCGCUUUGGCUAAGCUGGUGGCAGCUACUGGGACCAAUUACAAUGACAGAUAUGAUGAGAUCCGCUGUCACUGGGGAGGCAAUGUCCUGGGUCCCAAGUCUGUGGCUCGCAUCGCCAAGCCUUGAAAAAGCAAAGACUAAAUAAAGAACU